CUUACCUUUUGCUGGGAGAGGUGUCGUUUCAUGAGACAUUCCUUCGGAACGUGCUUACCGGAAAUGACAUCAUAAACUACACGAAAAUUGAUGACGUAUUUCACAAGUGAGAUUUUGAAAAUAUUAUUUUUACAUAUUCAUCGCAUCAUAUCUCGAUAGGAAGGUUUCUCAUUUACUUCUAACAUCAUGGCUGCCUUAUCACUCAGAGUCCGCAGCAAAAAUGGACAAUCUGUUUUAAGUGGAUUAACAAUCAAUUCAACUGUAAACGAUCUACAGCAAAAGAUUGCUGAAGUUACUUCCAUACCUGCAGCAACCCAGAAGAUAUUGUCUGGGUUCCCACCUCGUCCAGUAAUGACAGAUGAUGGUGCAAAGAUGCUGAAAAAUAUGAUGUUGCGACCAGGAGACACACUAAUUAUAGAGGAGACCAAAACCGAACAAGUUCAUAAUGAAAACCAGACACCAAAGCCCGAUCUCUCUGAUGUAUUACUUAACCAAUACCAGGAACAGGUUUCUACAAUGAAUGGUAUUUUAAUGCGUAAAGUAGUUCCAGCCAAUAAUUCUUGUUUAUUUACCAGCAUUAAUUUCUGUCUUGAGCAGAAGGGGGGUGAUGUAGACCUCUCCUGUGCAAAAGCGAUGAGGAAAUUAAUAGCUGCAAAAGUUGCUAGUGAUCCCGUAACUUACAACGAAGGCUUCCUUGGGAGACAAAACUCUAAAUACUGCAAAUGGAUUCUUAAUGAUGACAAUUGGGGUGGUGCUAUCGAGAUUUCAAUCUUAUCCAAGCAAUAUUCAGUGGAAAUUGAUGUCGUCGAUACCCAAAGUGGACGCAUUGAUCGCUUUGGGGAAGAUCAAAACUACCCUAGAAGAAUUUUAAUAGUUUAUGAUGGAAUUCACUAUGAUCCCCUAGUGCUAGAUAGCAUGGAUGACAUCACUCCAGUAGAAACUGUGUUCUCAUGUAGUAACAAUGCUAUCCUGGCCCAGGCCACAGAAAUGGCUGCAGAGGCAAAAUCAUCGAGACAGUUCACUGAUGUACAGGGCUUUACUAUUAGAUGCCUCAUAUGCCAAACACAAUUGAGAGGUCAGAACGAGGCACAAGCUCAUGCAUCUAAAACUGGACAUAUUAACUUUGGUGAAGUCUGAAUUUGUAGUCCUUUCUUGACAACUACUAGUACUUGGGCCUGUAAUGAAAUUUAAAAUUAAAUGAGACUUUUGAAAGAAGUUAAAGUUUGAUUAUUACAUAAUACUGAUUUACAAUCAAUACAUCAAUAAUGUUAAAUGACAAUUAACCAGAUGCUGAAGAAUUGUUAAAGGAUUUGUAAUCCUUUCUUAUCCUAAUCCAACGAUAAGUUCAA